GCCAUACUCUUCUCAGCAUGUGAAGUCCACGCGGAAAGAAGAAAUAUGACCACAACUCCCACGGAAUAUGUCACAACGACAAUAGCACCUGCCACCACAACAACAAUCGCUAGCACUGCCGAAACAACAAUGCCAUUGAAUGCAUCAGAACCUCUACCAACGCUCGCAGCUAAAUUAGUACGCCAACGUCGUCAACAUCCCUACACCAUUGUGCGUCAUGUGGUGCGCUCAACGAAGCGGGGCACAAAAUCGCGCAGACGCUACAAGUAUCCCAAAUAUAAAUAUGGACCACCGAGCUAUACUGUCGGUCAACCGAUAUCCUACUAUAAACCAAUCAAGCAAUAUUUACCAGAACAUGUCCCAGAUUCUCCAAAAUAUUCGGUCAUCGAUGAAUUAGAUUUGAGCAGUCAUUUAAAUUCGGCCGACUAUGAAGUGCAUCCAUCAAGCGGCAAUCAUUAUGAGGAACAAGCGAUGGAUUUGAAUUUUUACAGUCACACCGGUAAUGCUUUUCAGGACACACCAAAAAAGGUGCAUCAUAUCGAAUUCAGCAGCUAUGAUGAGGAUAAAGAAGUGCCAACCUAUGCGUAUACAUCGACGAAAACCGAAAGACGAAAGCCACCGCGCACCUCGUAUAGCUUACCGAAAGAACACAGCGGUGGCGCAUAUGAAAUGACCAGCAGCAGCAGUGGCGAUUCUGGCUACGAAGAUACUCCCCACACGUUUACGCCACCAGAAAAUGUUUACGAUAUGCACCCGAUGAGCAGCUACGAACGACCUUCCUCGCCUGGUGGCAACAAAUUCUACGAGUACACUUCGUCGGAUACAGGUUCGCCGUCUGACAUACAUAUACCGGCUACAAAGUAUGGCGUACCAGAUCUAAAUAUUCCACUACAAUUCUCACCACCACCACAAAAGCAACCUAGUUAUCAUGCGCCAAAAGCGUCGGGAAGGUCGAGAUACAAUCUUUAUGACAAGAAAAUACAAAAUUCCGGUUACAGUUCCAGCAAAGGUGCAGGUCAUCACAAUUUCGCCGAGCCUCCGACGAAAACGAAUGUCGAGAUCACCUAUUCGCCUUCGUAUGAGAUCACUUUGCCGCCAUCUAAUCACAAACCAACGCCUGUGGAUAGCUACCAUCCAGCACCCGGAAAUUUCGCGGAGCCACCACCACCCCCACCGCCUAAAUAUCACCCGCCUAGCAAGCCGGCGCAUCCACCAGUCAGCUACCAGGCACCCGAACUACAUGCGCCACCCUCAUUUAGUCCGCCUGAGCCACCUUCACCGCCGACUUAUCAGAUUCCUGAGUCGCAUGCGCCACCCUCGUAUGAAACGCCCGAAUCCCAUGCGCCACCCUCUUAUGAGCCGCCCGAGUCGCAUGAACCACCAACGUAUCAGGUUCCUGAAUUAGACUCCCCUCCAGCUUAUCAAGUGCCAGACUCACCCGCACCACCAUCAUAUCAAGCGCCCGAGACACCUAUACAUCCGCCGUCAGGCGCCUUUGAAGUACCCGAACCGCAACCGCCACCUUUAUACAGUGCCCCAGAGGAGCCAGCACAACCGCCUACGACAUACGAAACUCCAGAUCCGGUAUCACAAUCAGAGUACCCUCGCCCCGAUCAUGUAUCACAUCAGGAAGAUUUACCUAUUAACUCCAAUUAUAUGCCGCCUGCAUAUAAUUAUCCAAAAUCGAGCUAUGAGGUACCCAUUUACGAUCCCAUACCCUUUGAGGCAUCGAGCAACGAAGAGCAUGAAGCCUACCCACCACAUACGUUCGAAAAUCACCACACGAAUGGUCACGAGCAGUCGGCGUCCUCACCCGUACCAACCGUCAAUGGGCCAGCUGCACACGAGCCAACGAGUAGCGAAGAGUAUGUAGCUCCUACCAGCACCACAAAGGGACGCAGAUCAUCACAAAAACGUAAACGCCUGCGCAAUAGCACACCCGCUGUCACCACCACCAAACACAUACUAGACACACCCGAGUUGGAGGAGGCAUUCGAGGCAAGUCAACGACAAAAGAACCAUUUGGGGCUUAGCAAUGACGCCGAGGUCGACGAGUCGAAUCAUGUGCAGGCACAACGAAACAAAAAUAAUGAAGAGCCCAAUUAUUUCCUACCCACAAUCUCGCCGGACACAGGAAGUGAAAACAGUUACGUAAGUACAGCAUGGAAUCCGAUACGUAUACGGAGCGCGAGCGCGAGCACACCAACCGCGCUACCAGCUGCGACAGCAACCAAAGGGCAGACGGUAUCCGCGUCAACUGUUACAGCGAUACGACCGAAGGGACGUAGGUAUAACGCUGGUAGAACAGCGUAUCGCCAACAGUAUGCGCCGACAGCAUAUACGCCGGUGGGAAAUACGGGCACAAGCACACGGCAAACAACAACGUUGAAUAGUGGCCGAGAGCACGAUCAAGUAGCCGUCGUUACGGUAGACAAAUCGCGUUCUUACAGUUACUAUGGUGGCUCCUCGUCGACGCCAUCGAAUGCGAACGAAUAUAAUUUAUAUCGUAUGCGGCCACAUCAGCAGCGGCAGCCAACACGAACGCCGGCAGUUACGAGGCAGAGCGGCGGAUCGGCGAGAGAUAGCGAAACAUCGCCGCAUCGCACGACGAAGAGUGUCUUUGAGACGACUUAUUUUAAGAGUCCGCGCAACGAAGAUCUGGAGCAUCAUCUGGCAACGGUGGUGCAGAAUUUGCCGAAAAAUCAUAAGCUAUUUUAAGCAAGCCGGGCGGGUGGGAGGUAGCAUAGU